GACAAGCCCGACGGACAAGGAUGGCGGGGCUCUUUCCAGGCUACAAACACGUCGAGACGUUCGGACCAGACUGCGAGUACGAAGACGAGGAGGAGGUAGAGUACGUGACUCUGGACCUGGGCACGGUGGAGCCCACGCUGGUCCCGAGCUCGUCGUCGUACCGCCUAGUUGGCUUGGACAGCGCGACGCCAUUUCUGCAAUUGUCGGGGACGAUGCUGAUGGGCGAGCACGUUUCGCUGCUGGGGACGGAACUACUGUUCGCAGAAGGUCCCACAGCGGGUACAAGUGCGGGCGUGAACUCUGAUGAUCGUGUCCAGGGCAAGAAGUCGCUGGUGCACGUGGCGAACACCGAGCGCCGCAUCCGGUUCAAGGAAGUCGAGCUGAAGGCUAAGCUCGCGGGUGCGCCGGCGCCUUCGAAGGGCGAAGGGGCGGCGACACCGGCGGCCAAGACGAGCCAUCUUGCGAAGAAGGUCAAGACGCAGAUGGAGCAUGUCAUGGGCGGCAGCGCCGGCCCCUCGCGGCGAGGCCGGGGGCGCGGCGGGGGCCGGAAGCGGGGGUCCACGAAAUCAAAGGCCCGCGAAGGGGAGGAGGAUGCGAGCAUGCGGCCCGAAGGAGACGACGGCGAGCGUCGUCGAGAAGACGUCACGGACGCUUUCGCAUAGAUCGUUUGGGGACGGAUCGUGCGCACGGCGUGCUUCGUGAUGUGAUGUGCUGUGGAUCUUCGUGUUGCGUUGGCAGCUGCAGACCCAGCGCGGUUCUCAACCAUCGACCGUCAUCCCUUCUCGUCUUCCCUGCGAUCCCACCACGACCAGGCGCGGGGUAUGUGUGCCUAUGUCCGAUCCGACAGCCGUCCGAAAUCCUCUGCGCAUCUGCACCCGCACCCGCAAGAGAACAGUUCGCCCUGAGCUGGUCGCCCACCGACAUCGUCCCCGUCGCACCUCCCAGCCAGCUGAUCCUUCAUCUCCUGCACACCACCCGUCUUAUCGCCGCCCGUUAAUACAGACCACAACGAGGCUGGUCUCAUGCCAUGCCCGCCCCCAGCGUCGAGUGGAUCCAGGUCGUCCAUCUCCGCCCCAUCGCCUGCACGCGGUUGGGUCCCCGUUGACGCCUCUACGGCACUGCUUCCGUCACCCCUUCCAUCUCCCGCUUCGUUUACACGCGCGAGCAGCAGCAGCACACCCCUUGAUGUACACGCCCGCUUCCUCCGCGGCGACCGCGAGUUCAUUCUGGCGCUCUCGGCCCUGUCAGCCGUCUCUCGAUCCCGUGCUUCGCGAUCGUGGUCAUUAUAAAAGAGCAAGGCGGGGGCCGCUACGCUUAUAGGGUUCCCCUCGUUGUCCCAUCCUCUUGAAGCCAUUGAUUAUUCCUUGCGACAUGCCACCGUGGCCACAUCUGCCCUCUUCCACCUCCUUCCUUCCACCCUUCCUUGCG